CGAUGCGAAUAUCAGAAAGCAAGCACUGCUAGAACCAGAGAAGAGAUCGCACCACGAACGAGCGACAUCGGGCGACACAGAUACCAUACCUGGUACCGUAAACAGAACAGCAGCAGCAUGGCAGCCGACUCACUACUUCGAACCGUACUUCGGCGCAAAGUCGAGUUUCUUCGCCAUGUCCGCCAGCGUCGGGCGCAAUACUCAACCAAACCUCCCACAGCCGGCGAGCAGAUCCCGACACCGGGCAAUGUCCCUAACCUUCCCUUCUGGCAGCGGCUCGGGCCCUUGACGAGGGCAGCCUUCGCAUAUGCGCGCGCCCAGCGCAAGAGACCAUACACCACCCAGGUGGCCACGUCGCUGGUCAUCUACUUCUUUUCUGAUAUUUCGGCGCAGAGGAUGGGCGGGAAGGACUAUGAUCCCAAGCGGACGGUGCGGUCGCUGAUCAUCGGGUCGAUAUCGUCGAUUCCCAGUUUCAGAUGGACGUUGUGGUUGUCCAACAACUUUAAUUACUCGUCGCGCAUCCUCUCGCUGGGCACCAAGGUGGUGGUCAACCAGCUCUGCUUCACCCCAAUCUUCAACUCGUACUUCUUCGGCAUGCAGGCUGUUCUCGCGGGUGAGAGCUGGAAGGAUAUCGUGGAGCGCAUCCGGGUCACGGUACCCGUGAGCUUUGUCAACUCGUGCAAGCUAUGGCCAGCCGUGACGGCAUUCAGCUUCACGUUCAUCCCGAUGGAGUACCGGUCGCUGUUUGCGGGUGUGGUCGCGGUUGGAUGGCAGACGUAUCUGAGUUUCUUGAAUCGGAGGGCCGAGGAUGGGAAGGCGAUCGAACAACCAGCGCCGGCACUGGCGGCAAAAGCGAUGGAAGCGGAACCCACCCAGUUGAAGGCGCGACAGGUAGAGCUUUCGACGCGACCAGAGAUGGCGAUGGCGGCUGCGAAUUAGCGAAUACGGCGGCGAUAAGAGGAGGGAGCAUUUUCACCGGGGAGCUAGAGGAAGGGUGGUUAUUUUUGCCAAUUUUGGGGUUGCAUAGUUGUAGACAUCAUUGCAUGGGUCGGCGUUCAUGGGGCGGUCUUUUUUGUUGGUUGCAUCGACAUAGAGAUACCUGUAUCGUUUCAGUUGAGCGAAUACAAUUUUGUUGUUUUUCUUGAAUCUCAGCUGUUCUUUCCGAC